AUGCCGAUGACUUACCAGGUACCCUCAGCAGUUCAAGCCGAUCGUCGGGGAGAGUGGAAGGACUAUGACCCCGACCGCGAUGACUAUGACCCUUGCACGGCCGUGCUGCUUCCGCCGCCGGCCGACGCGAAUGAGUUGUUCCGCCGACAGGUGAUCCACCUCCAAAGUCGGAUCCGCAAAGGUGGAAAGGAGAAAGUGCUGGCGCACUACCUCAAGGUGGUGGAGGAAAUGGAAAGGUCCAUGAAUCCAGACACCAAGGAGGUCAUGGUGGUGACGCAGUUCAAGAAGGAGUUCUGUCACAAGAGGACGACCAGUGCAGCCUCCACCGCGGCCCCGGAAGGGCCCGAGCAGGUAGACGAUUUGGAGGAAGACCACGAGGAUGAAGAGGAAGAAGCAGACAUUCCGCUGGAAGGCGCCCAUGUGGCCACCACACGAGCGUUCACCAAGAAGUCCUUGCCCGGCCAUCCCAACAUGCCCAAGUCAGGAGGCUGGGUGGCGGGGAGGAAGGGAGUCCGUGGCCUCUCCUCGGCCGACGCGACCCGAGUCCGCGCGGGGUCUCGGCAGAGACCCGCUCGCGCCCGGGACGUCGCGUCGCAUCCGAGUCUUCAUAUGCUGCUCAGGUGGUUGCUGCUGCAGCCCCUUGCCGUCGCGGUCGCCCGCGUGCUGCUCUUCUGGCCGGUGGACGAUAGUGAGCGAACCCAGAGGCUCAUUAAGGCCAAUGUGCGGCACGCCGAGGAGCAAAAGAUUGAGUUCGAGGUGAUCUUGGCACACUACCGUGGCUUCAAAGAGAACUGGGACCAGGAGUGGUAUCAGAAGUAUGUGGUCCAGUCGCUGAACGGCACAGGCUACAAGUUCCACUUCUUGCGCUCGGCCUACCUCAAGCAGGCUGAAGCCUGGGACAAGCGUUACGAGUUCAUCUGGGCACUGGACAGCGACAUCGACAUCUCUCGUGCCGACCUGUCACAGUUCUUAGAGAUCGCUCGGGCGCUCGACUCCUUGAUCAUUGGUCCCACCUUUCUGGAAGGAAAGACGGGCCCAAGCUUCUUACAGGAGCGGCUCUUCACGAGCGCGGGUGCGCGCACACAGCCCAAGGCCGACCAGGCACUGGCGCUGGGCGGCUUUGGCCUCAAUAAGAUGCAGCGGCCCAACCCUGCUUGCGAUUACCGGCAUACGGACUUCGUCGAGCUGACGGCCCCACUACUGAAGAGUGCGGCGUAUCGGAGCAUCUUGGGAUGCGAGGAUUGCAUCUCACAGACCUCGGAUUGGGGCCUUGAUACGUUUCUUCUGCUGAAGUAUGUGGCCGAACGGCACGGAUGUGCGCUAGUUGACAAGACUCCCGUGAUCCACCUGGAUUGGCCCCUGGCGCGCAUCAAUGCUGGCUUCUAUUUGUCCUUCCUGUCCAUGCGGGCACGGUUCCAGAAGAACUGGACGCGCUACAAGGUCCUGGACUGCCAACGGCUGGGCCUUGGACCUCAGAUCGCUGCGAAACAGUUGAGGGCCAAAGCCAUCGCAUGA